AUCGGCUCUACGCGCAAUCUUGCACAGGGUUGAAAUUGAAGUCGAUAUCCGACAGUUUGUCUGCUCUUUAACAAUCACCUGACAUUUGCCAUUCAAUGAACGACAUGUGGAUUUUUUUGUGAAGACUUAUUUCAAAAAGUUUUCCCAACAAAAAUGGCGAAAUCUAACUCAGAAUGGAUAUCUGGCAAUACUGGACAGGAUUCAGGAGUCUUAGACAUCGAAUGUCAGAGAAAGGCUGAAGAAGAACUCAAUGAAACCCCUGAAAAUUACAAAAAGGAACUAUCUUCACUUCGAUCCAUGAUAUUAAAUGAUACAAAUUUGAAUGUACCUAAGGAAGAUGAAUUUCUACUUCGAUUUCUGAGGGCGAGGAAAUUCGACAGUAAAAAGGCUUUCACGAUGAUUCAAAGAUACUACCUCAUGAAAUUGAAAUGCCCCGAACUCUUUGGAUAUUCACUGCCAUCAGAAAAUGAAAAGGUGUUCGAAUUGCAAGCUCAAGUAAUGCUGCCUGAGAGGGACAAGGAUGGCAGAAGAAUAUAUAUUUUACGUGUAGACUAUUUCGAUGCAACACGCGUCACUAUCGAAGAAGUAUUCCGUUCUAACAUACUAGCCCUGGAACAUAUAGUUAGGGAACAAGAAACGCAGGUUUCCGGUGUUGUCGUCAUCCUGGACAUGGCAGGUUUGAGCCUGCAGCACGCGAAGUUUUUCACCCCCUAUUAUGCGAAGAAAACCGUGGAACUCGUACAGGAAACUUUUCCAUUGAGAUUCAAGGGAUUCCACAUUGUGAACGAACCUUUCUACUUCGAUGCCGUCAUGACCGUUUUGAAGCCGUUCCUGAAGGAGAAGAUAAGGAAGAGGAUAUAUCUGCAUGGGAAUGAUCUCUCUUCCUUGCAUGCUUUCAUAUCCCCUGAUCUUCUACCGAAAGAAUAUGGAGGAACAGCAGGAAACUUCGAUAACCGGCCCUGGUUCAUGCAGUUGAUGUCCGAAGAGAAAUAUUUCAUCGACCAAAAACAAUAUGGAUAUCGAACAGAAGGAACAGAAGAAAACCCAUAAAAUGUUGCUCACUUUCCAUCCUCUGUAAAGACAAAGGAACCGGUUUACUUUAAGUUUUAAUUUUAUAUUGAAUUCGAAUUCAGCCAGCUUCUUGCUUGUGAAAACCGGAUUGAGGUCGUAUAGAAAUAGAAUGUCCGAAACGCUAUUUGUUGAUUGGAAAAUGAAAAAGAGCUUAGAGUAUAUAGAAAAUUUCUAUUGUGAAUAGAUGAUGUGAGAAAAAUUGUUACAAAAUAAGAAAAAAAUAUCAACUUGUGAUAAAAAGUAUUCGAAGGGUGUGAACAGAGCUUAGAUUCUGAAGCAAUUUUAGGUUAUUAUUUUUAUAUGUAGCAUGGAAAAUAUGUUCAUUGACCAACCGUUGCUGAAAAAUAAAUAAUUCGUUGUUAA